CCCUCUCUUACUACUAGUUCCUCCCGCCGAACACACUGACACACUUUCUCUCUCUCUCUCUCUCUCUCUCUCUCUCUUCACGGAAGCGCAACCGAAGCUUUCUUUCCUAGGCUUCAACACCGUGCUUUCUCUCUUAAUCCGAAAUUUGGAGAAAUGUUGUAGAGACAAAAUUUUGAGAUGGCCAGGUGGGAUGAGAUUCUGUCCCUCCCUGUACAGAAUCCUCCGAUUUUGGAGUUUUCUGCUGGCGAUAUCGUGUGGUCAAAGGUUGAAGGUUGGCGUGAUAAUAUAGAUAGAGUGGCUUUAAUCCCCUUUGCCAGAGUGGAUGAUUUUAUUAGGGGUGAAUCCUCUAACAAAGACUGCCCGACAAAGUUUCAUGUUGAAGCAAGGCGGAGACGAAGACCAACAACGCCGUACAAACCAAAGGUUGAUGGAGUUCUUGAAUAUAUUCUGUAUUGGUGCUCCUUUGGUCCUGACGACCAUCGAAAGGGUGGCAUUGUUAGACCUAGUAGGACUACUUAUGUGGCCAAGAAGAAAAACGCCGGUCGACCAAAUACCAAGAGAGGAUGCACCUGCCACUUUAUUGUGAAGCGUUUAAUUGCUGAACCUUCGGUAGCACUCAUCAUAUAUAACGAGGAUAAGCAUGUUGAUAAGAAGGGCCUUCCAUGCCAUGGUCCACAGGACAAAAAGGCUGCUGGAACACGUGCUGUUUUUGCCCCUGAUAUUUCGGACGAUCUUCGUCUUCGUGUGCUAUCCCUGCUGUAUGUGGGUGUCUCUGUGGAGACCAUAAUGCAGAGACACAAUGAAUCAGUGGAAAGACAGGGUGGUCCGUGUAAUCGUGAUGACCUGUUAACUCAUCGGUAUGUUCGGAGACAGGAGAGAAGCAUUCGGCGUUCCACAUAUGAAUUGGACACUGAUGAUUCUGUCAGCGUCAGCACAUGGGUGGAAAGCCACCAGAGUAAUGUUUUCUUUUACGAGGACUUCUCUGAUUCUGACCCUUUCACGGUGGGUAUCCAAACAGAGUGGCAGUUGCAACAAAUGAUUCGUUUUGGAAAUCGCAACCUUUUAGUCUCUGAUUCAAAGUUCGGAACGAACAAAUUGAAGUAUCCAGUUCAUAGUCUUCUUGUGUUCAACCCUGACAACAAGGCCAUCCCUGUAGCAUGGAUAAUAUCUCCCAGAUUUGCAUCUUCUGAUUGCUAUAAGUGGAUGAGAGCUCUUUGCAACAGAGUUCAAACAAAAGAUCCUUCAUGGAAGUUGGCUGGAUUUAUCGUUGACGAUCCUCUAGCUGAUGUCUAUGCAAUCAGGGAUGUUUUUCAGUGCUCUGUGUUGAUAAGCUUUUGGCGGGUCCGCCAUUCAUGGCAUAAAAACUUGAUGAAGAAAUGUAUGGAAAAGGAGAUUCGAGUUGAAAUAUCAAGACGACUUGGGGAAAUAAUGGAUAGCAUUUGUCAAGGACAAGGAACUAUAAGUUUAUUUGAGGGUUUCCUGGAAGAUUUUCUUGACGAAUCAGAUUUCAUGGAUUAUUUUAAGGCGACGUGGUAUCCUAGAAUGGGGAAGUGGAUCACCGCAGUGCAAACUCUUCCCAUUGCAAGCCAAGAGACUUGUUCUGCAAUCGAGUUUUACCACAACCAAAUGAAGGUUAGGUUGUUGAAUGAGAAGAAUCCUAUUGUUUACCAAAGAACUGAUUGGUUGGUUGAUAAAUUGAAUACGAAAAUACAUUCGUACUUUUGGCUCGAUGAGUACUCGGGAAAGGAUGAUUUUGCACGAUACCGAAAAGAAGAGUGGGUAAGCGGUUUAACAUCUUGGCGCAAAGCGUUGGAGAUUUCAGACACCGACGUCGUAAUGGAAGGUGGAAGCGCUAAAGUUACUGACCAGCUUGAUCGAGAUAGGUUGCACGUUGUUUGGAACUCCGGUUCACAGUUUGGUAUUUGCGAGUGUAAUUGGGCUGAAAUGGGAAACCUUUGUGAGCAUAUGCUAAAAGUUAUUAGUGUCUGGCGCAAAAAGAAGUCUGCUACACCGUCAAUCAGCCUGCUUCAGUACCAAAAGGUAUUCAUGGAUAUGCUACAAUGUGCACCCCAUGAUUCUUUGAUUCGUGAUCAUGCUGUUUCCUUAGCAGUCUUUGUACAGAAGCAGAUAAAUGGACUGGUAUCUGAAAGCAGAAACUCUAGCAAGGGUCAACCAAGUUCUGGAAAUCAUGAUCAAGAAUUAGCAAGUGGGAGAAGUGAGGACAUCUUGUAUGAUAAAGAGAAUGGUUCUUUGGAUCGACAUGGCACUCAUGGCAGAGUCACAGGUAUUGUUGGUGGACAAACGAAUGAUUCGGGAGAUGGUCGAAAUAGUAUCUGUGGUGAUGGUCUUGCAGAAGAAAUUUCUUGUGCAGAAAUGGAUGUUGACCCAUCAUCUAUCUGUAUUUCUCCGCCUGGUUUACAUUCUGUUGAUGAGGUUGUAUCUAGUGGUGUCCUCUCGGAGAACACGGAGAAAGGAUUGAACUCAGAAAGUGAACAUCUUCCUUCCAAAGAUGCAGAUGCAACUCUUGCCAACACAAAUUGUUUCACAACUCAUGCCUUAAAUAAAGGUGGUCCCGAAAGUGAGAUGGAUAUGGAAUCAAUCUCCAUGGAUAUACCACCUUCAACCAUGGAAUUUGUGGAGCAGUGCACGGUGGCCCAUCAAAAUGACGCCUAUAGUCAAGAUCUCAAGCCUGUUAUAUCCAACACAGUGGAUGCUGAUACCCUAUCUAUCAAGACAUCUCCACCUAUAACAGUACAUGUUGAAUCACAGGCUGUUGAAAUUGCUGAAACUUCAAAUUCCAAGAAAGACAAUGAGGAAGCAUGAGAAAAAGCACAUGCCUCUGCUUGUGUGGUUAGAUGAAGUUGAUGAUCAUGUAGCAGUUUUGUCUGUGAUUACGAGCAUUUGGAAAUAUGUUGGUUAAACACGUUGACCAGUUCUAAAAGAAUUGCCAGACACUGCCAACAUCAGGACAUCGCCAGCAUCUUGCUACCAUGAGGAGUAACGACAUUUCCUGGUUAUGGAUAAUGGAAUUGGUUCCUGCAAGGGCCAUCCUUGGUGACUGAAUCUGGUGCUUUUUCUAAAUGGUAAAGAUUGCCAAAGAUGUCAACAAUCAUAAGAAUUGUUAGUAAUGCUGAGAAAAAUGAAAGUGAAAAGUUAAUGAUAUUAUUGAUAUUGCUCGUGAAAAGUCCGAACAGUAGAGACUGCCCGUGAACCUUGUAAUUGGGGUCCAAGAAAACGUCAAGGUAGAUGCUAGGGGUCGCGGCUAGUGUAACAAACAGCUGUAAGUUCUGCUCUUUGUUCAUGUGCAUAUUCUUUUUGAUAGUCUCAGAUAUUCCCAUUUUAUAGGAUUAGUUGUACCCAGUUACGCAAGUUAUUAUACGCAGCCUUCAGCAGUUCUGUCAAAUUUAAGGAGAAACAUAUUUAGAUUGAAAAUAAAUAAAUAAAUAAAAGGGAAUCUCUUCCCUUAUUUUUCUGUGGUCAUCACUCUCAAGUAUUUUGGCCUUUUGUUCUAACCGAGUCGAUGGUAAGCGGUGC